AUGGUCAAAUCCCAGCAGUUUAGCUUCCCUAACCCCUGUAUGCCUCUUAAAUUGUUACAGAGCUAUAUUCAUCCUUCUGUGUCAAGCCCCUCUGGGAUUUGGUCUAGGCUCGCUGGCUUGUUCCUGCGGGAUGUCCUUCUCCCAGAUGGUAGUUUGCAGUGGGAUUUAAUAUUGGAUCGCCCCGAAAUCAAAACAGCUCCCUUUUUCCACUUGGCAGAUUUUAAGAGAGAUACCAAAUUAUGCGUUGGAACCUUUGCUAGUAGCAGCUCCCCCUCUUGGCUUGAAAAGAAAGUCCUGGCUCCUAAGCCUCCUCUUAGGCCAUUAUCCCAGAUGUAUAAAGAAAUGCUUUCCUUCUUACCACCAGAACUUGGGUAUUUGACUUCAUGGGAGCGAGAGCUUUCUAUGAACCUGACGGAACCAGAGAGAGCCUUUGUUUUGGCUCAUUCUCAUGGCUUUGGUCGUUGUGUGAGAGUUCAAGAGAAUUCUUUUAAGCUACUAAGUAGAUGGGGGCGGUUGUUAGCUCUGGAGGCCAUGUUUAUGCUGUGUACAUUUUUCGCGCUCUUCCUGGGCGCGGUCUACUGUCAGUUCCCGAGGUUAUGUACGACAAGUGCAGCUCUUCAGACAAAGACUUGCUGCCCACCGUGGAAGGAUCAAAGCCCUUGUGGAUCACGAUCUGGACGUGGCCAGUGCAGAGACGGUGUGGUUUUUACGCCCCUGGGCACCCGCCGGGAUCGCGAUUUUUACGAUGACCGAUUAGAUUGGCCACGUUUUUACUACGACAGAACUUGUGAAUGCUUCAGAAACUACAUCGGCUUCAACUGCGGCCGGUGUAAAUAUGGAUACUACGGCGACAAGUGCGAUCGCCCAAAAAAAUGUGUGGUCCGGAGAGAGAUCCGCCAGCUCUCGUUUCUGGAAAGGAAGAGGUUUUUUAGUUACUUAGCGUUGGCCAAAACCACAAAAAGUGACGAUUUUGUCAUCCUGUCCACGGGGGACAGACACUUCCAGGAUACGUACCACUUCGUGGACGCCUCCAUUUACGAUGUCUUUGCCUGGAUCCAUUAUUACUCUUUGAAGCCCAUUCUACUCAACAGCACAUUUGAUUUUAGCAGAAACUACGCCCAUCAGGGUCCGGCCUUCCCCGGCUGGCAUCGUUUGGGUCUCGUGUUCUUGGAGGAGGAAAUUCGGCGCCUGACGGGUGAUGAAGAUUUCGCCAUUCCUUACUAUGACUGGAGAGGAGAAAAGAACUGCUCCAUCUGCACCAAUGAAUUUCUUGGCGCAAGCAAUGCACAAGGCUUCCUGGACGAUGACUCCCACUUCGCAUUUUGGAAAUCUAUUUGCAGCGGGUACAAUUAUGCCGAUGCCUAUUGCCAAACUGCUGGGGACGAGUGUCAGAUGGAGAGACUCCACAGGAAGCCGGGUUCAGAUCCCCAGAUCAAAAGUCUCCCCACCUUCCAGGAUGUAGAGGACACCCUGAAAUGGACAGACUUCGAUACAUUCCCCUACAAUGCUAAUGCACAGAGGAGCUUCCGGAACGCUUUAGAAGGUUUCCUGAGACCAUCGGAUGGGACAACACUGGAGUACACUAUGCACAACGCGGUUCACCUUUAUUUGGGGGGAACGAUGGCUCAGGUCCCCAUCUCCGCCAACGACCCCAUAUUCCUGCUGCAUCACGGCUUCGUUGACAAGAUAUUUCAAGCAUGGCUGCAGAAUUAUAAAGCGACCCCAGCCGACUACCCAGAAAAUGAUGAGCCCGGACAGGGCCCCGAUGAAUGCUCCACCCCUUACUUUCCAUGUUAUAGGAACAAGGAUUUUCUGAGCAGUUCUACUGAGCUGGGAUAUGAGUACUCUGAGUAUCAGGGGAUGUAAGGUAUCCCCUUAAAGGGAAUGUCUUUGUAGCAAUGCUUGGUGUUGUUCUUGCCUUCUUGUAAGUUUUCCUGUUACUGUAUCCUCCCCUCUGCUGCCAUAUGUC